AUGUUCUCAUUAUGCGUCAUUUAUGCGGUAAGAACGCCAAAAUGUGGGGAGAGCUCUUCAGUAGCGGCUGUCGAAUCUACAUUCGACAUUUCAAAAAUACCGAGUAAAGCCACAGCUGCUGGGGAAAUUUCGAGAAAGAGCUGUUUCAGGCAUGUAACUUGGUCAGAAAUCUCAGAAAUUUCGAGAGGCACAGCCGGCACACGACACGUUUUAACUGCCAAACCUAUUGAGAUUGGUAAAACGAAUUCUUCAAAUCUAGCUAUGGAUUGGUCCAAUUUUAUCGUGCUCUGA